GCCACCAAUUUUACGCGUUUUUGGAAUCACUUUGCCACUGCAUUCAUCUCUCUCAUUUCCUCCCCAGACCUUCUCAACUUUUGCUGUCCUUACUCAAGCCAUGGUGACUUCAGGUCUUCGAGCACUGCAGUUCCGUCAGAAACUGACUGGAAACGCGGCUGAGUUGCUUAAGAAACUCAAGGAACUGCAUGAAGAGCUCAAGGCAAUGGAGCAAGAAGCCGUUGAUAAGACCUCGCUUUCGUCAGCCGCUAAGCAGCUCAUUGAUCCCUCUAUUAUAAACCAUAAGGACAAAGGUGUCAGGAUCUACGCCGCUUGUUCUAUUGCUGACAUGCUCCGACUUUAUGCGCCUGAUGCUCCUUACACGAACAACAACCUCCAAACCAUCUUUAAACUGUUUGUGAACGAGAUGCGACACCUUCUCAACCUGGCAGGCCCUUACUUCAGCAUGUAUUUCUAUCUCCUGGAAUCGCUCUCGGUUGUCAAGAGCAUUGUACUGAUUACCGAUCUCAAGAACGCGAAUGAGCUCAUGGUCGAUUUAUUCAGGAACAUCUUUGACGACAUUCGGCCAGAGCAAUCAAAAAAUGUACAAAUCUGCAUGUCCGAGCUUUUGCAGCACAUUAUCGAUGAAGCGGAUCAACUGCCUCAGGAGAUCGUCGACAUCAUCCUUGCUCAAUUCCUUCACAAGCAAAAAUUCGAUAACCCAGCAGCAUACCGACUUGCCUGUGAUUUGGGCAACAACUGCGCGGAAAAACUUCAGAGAUAUGUGUUCCAGUACUUUUCAGAUGUCAUCUCGGUCGCAGGCAACGGAGAGCUCAGCUCAAAGGAUCUGUCAGACUUCAAGACUGUGCACCACCUGGUUGUCGAGAUCAAUAAGGCAGCGCCAGCGCUCCUACUGAACGUCAUUCCGCAACUUGAAGAGGAACUGAAGGUAUCUGACAUUACAAUCAGGACAUUGGCAACAAAAUCUUUGGGCGAAAUGUUUGCGGAGAAAACAUCCCAGCUAGCUACGCAAUAUGAGUCAACAUGGAAGGCGUGGCUGCAGAGGCGCAACGAUAAAGCUACACAGGUCCGAAUUGUCUGGAUUGAAUCACUUGUGGACCUGAUUAAGAUGCAUGGCCAUCUGGGAAAAGAGCUGAGUGAGGGACUCGCCGAAAAGCUGGUAGACCCGGACGAAAAGGUGCGCGCCGUAGCCUGCAAAGUUAUUGGAGAGUUUGACUACGAGACCAGUCUCCACCAUAUUCAGAAGAAUACUUUGAUCCAAGUCGGCCACCGAUGCAGAGACAAGAAAAAAUCAGUGUCGAAAGAGGCCAUCCAUACACUUUCCAUUCUUUAUAACCAAGCAUACCCUGAGAUUGAGAUCGGAGCGCAAGCCAGUAUUUCUCAAUUUGCUUGGAUGCCCUCUGCGAUUUUGCACGCAGUAUAUGUUAAUGAUAACGAAAUCUUCUCAUAUGUCGACAACGCGGUUUACACUACAUUGUUCCCACCUCAUGGAAGUGCUGCAUCAAGGACACAACGUCUUCUUACUACGUUCUCUGCUCUGGAUGACAAAGGACGGACAGGAUUCCUCUCUGUUCUCCGCAGAAGCGUCGACGCGAGACGUUACAUGAACGUGUUCCUGCAACUGCUAAAAGCUCGGGAGGCAUCUCCAAUCGCAAGCACGGAUUCGGACGAAAUCGAAAAGAAAUUGGGCGUUGUCAUCAAGAUCCUUUGCGAUCGCUUGCCAGAUCCGAUCAAGAGCUCAUUACUACUUCAUAAAUAUGCACAGCUACACGAUGAAAAGUUUUUCAAGUCGAUAUCGGACUGCAUGAACUCGCAACUCUCUCUAAAGGAGAUCAAGAAAGCAGCUAAAGAAACACUUUCGCGAAUUGGAGAUGUCGCUCCACCAACGUUGGAGGUGUUUUCAAUUCUUAUUCAAAGGAUCAGUUUGACUCUAGUGAAUUCGGAAAUUCUUUCAGAGCUGAUCAGGAAUAUCCGCGAGAGUGAUGAAUUCCGAGAAGUCGCUGGAGAACUGCUGCGGUCAAUUUCACUUAUCAUUCCCGCCAUCUUUAAGGAUCAUUUGGCAGAAAUCGUGUUCUUGCUUCGCGAUCCCGAGUUUGCAGGCGCCUCCGACUCUCUAUACACAUUGUCGGAAUUCGCAAAGCAGUUCCCAAAGUCGGUGCCAGCAGAUACAAAAGCCAAGGAAACGCUUCAUUCAUUCCUUGAAUCUGGAACUGUCGUGCAGGCGACCCAUGCUACCAUUAUCCUCGCCAGCAUACCCAACAAUGACAAGAUGUGCAAAGAGAUCGUGGACACCAUCGUCGACAGGCUGUUGAUAUCCUCAACACGACUGCUGAAGGAUCUGGCUAUUCUAUCGCAGUUUGUAUUGUACUCGCCUCAGAUCUUUGAGACAGUCGGCAGCUCUAUAGUAUCGUUCAUUAUCAAGAGGUUACUCAUGACGAACACAUUGGAGCAGGAGACCGUGUACGAACCGACAGAGGACUGGGUUGAUAAGCAGGAUCUGGACGAAUAUUCACUAUCAAAGAUUAUGGGCCUUAAGGUAUUGGUCAACCGAGCCAUUGUAUUACACGACAGCGAUCCAACAUUAGCACAAGAUGCUGUACGUCCCGUCUUCAAACUGCUCUGGACUAUUAUUAGCCAGGAAGGAGAGAUCGUGGAUGAAAAGAAUACCAAUGCUGUGCUGAAAAGCCAUUUGAGACUGAAUGCUGCUCGCUUUGUAAUAAAGCUGACGCGCAACAGGCCCAUGUACGAGAAGAUGGUGUCGGUGUCUGAUUAUAGCCGUCUGGCACUCGUUAUUCAGGAUACCGUAUUCCGGGUCCGCCAUGGACUGGCGAGUCGCAUCAUGAAGUACCUUCGCGCACAGGAAUUGCAUAUUCGGUAUCUGGCUGUGUUGAUUCUGGCUGCCUAUGAACCAGAGCUGGAGUGGAGACUGCAGAUCCGUAGCUUCUUGAUCCAGCAGUCGAAAAGCCAAAACAACGAUAGUAAGCUGAUGCUGAACGAGCUGACGCUAGCCAGAGUGAUGCAUUUAUUGGCAAACCACCCUGACUUUAUCCUAAAGGAUGAAUCCGCACAAAAUGGACUCGCAAAUGGCCAGCCGGCACACUCUAUCGAGGACUUGAACUUGUCUGCUAGGUACAUUGAGUUUUAUUUGGAGACAAUGGCCAACUCUGAGAAUGUCUCUCUGGUGUACUACAUCGCUUCUCUUCUGAAGACCGUUCGAUUUGCCAACAUUAACGAGCCUACACUGAAUCUUUAUGUCUUGAGCGACCUUGCUCAGUAUCUGAUUCAGGAGAGAAGUCGAUCGCACAACUGGACAUUGACCAGCUACCCUGGUCAGGUCAAGCUCCCUCGCGAACUGUUCAUACCUCUCGAUCAGAAUGAACUAUCAAUUGAGAUUUCAACAAGGUCCUAUCUCCCUGAAGAGUGGAUACGUGCUCGCGAACACAAAGCCGAGCGGAAACCCAAGACUAUUGUCGAUAGAAAGAUUGGUCAGGCAGUCAAGCGUCGGUCAAGAUCGCCAUCCUCAAUGGAAGAAGAUGAGGUGGAUGGUGCCGACAGAGACGAGAACAUCUCUUUAUCGGCCAGAGUUAAACGACCAAAGAAGACCAAAGUUGCUGAGCGCAUCCCAGAGGAGCCGACAAGAAGGAUGGCAUCGAGGGCCGCCAAAGCUAAGACUGCGGUUUACAAGGACGCAGAAACUAGUGAAGAGGAGGAAGAGGAGGACUGAGUGAGGACAGGCAAUAUAAAUCCAUGAAUUAGUUCAGAAAAUAAAAACUGUGCCCUCUAUUCUUCUCC